CGUGAGCAUGUGGUCCUCAUCGGUUUUCGUGAAUGGCACACUCCACUGGCCUGCACACACUCCAUGGUUUCAGGACGCCUUUCGCAAUGUGCUCGUGUCGUUUAAUAUGAAGGAUGAGGCUUUUGGUGAAGUGGGUCUGCGUAAGAGUUUACAAGGGCGGAAAGUCUUGAACAUUACUCUGGUGCUACUUGAUGGGUUGAUUGCUCUUGUCCCUCAUAACGAAUACGACAACGAGGCCGUGUGGGUGAUGAAAGAGUAUGGAGUGGUGGAAUCUUGGACGAAGCUGUUUUAUGUUCGCAUUGGGAGAUUUGAGAGUGUGAUAGGCUUUACAAAGAGGGGUGAAGUUCUAGUUAACAAGGAGGGAUCGUUGUUUUCUUUCGGACCUCGUAGGCGGGGAUAUUUGGAGGAUCUUCCUGUUUAUUUCGCAGAGGAGAUCCAUUUGGAUACUUAUGUGGAGAGCCUUGUUCUACUGAAUGUAGCAGACCAAGUUCCAAGGCGACAAGGGAAUUCGUCCGCACAAAGAAAAGCAGGUAUCGCACCAGGGUCUUAGGUGGUUUUGCUGCACAUUGUGACAAGCUCCUGCAUUUUCCGGCAUUACGAAUCAAAGAGUAGAAAAACCCAUUACAAUUGGUAUCAGAGUCGACGAUCCUACCAUGGCAGCAAUUUGGCAACAAAAAGAAGCUGAUUGGCGGCAUCAGAGGCAUCUAGAAGUAGACCAGCGACAGUUUCCAAAAUUUUAUGGGCAGAAUCUUUCAGCAUCGAUAUAUCAGGAUCUACUACUGAGAAAGCCGUUGAUGGAGUGAAACAAUUGCAAGAAUCUAUGAAGGUAAUGGUGGAAAAUACACUCCGAUUGGGGAGUAAUUUGGACAAUAUUCUUUAGAUUGUACAAGAACUUGAGGAAGAAAGAAGUGAAAAAGGAGUAAAUCAUGCUAGCAUAAAUGGCUUCCGGUAUCCCAGUGGUAUCCAUUGAAGAAGAAAUUCAAGAACAAUAACAAAUUUUCAUUGAAGUCGUGAGAGAGAUUUAUACCAGUUAU